GCAAAGAAUUUCGAAUUAAAUAAAGUCUCCACCAUUAUUCCAUGUCUCUGCUAUCACUUCUUAAGAAAAAAAAAGUAAAAAGAAAAAGAAACAAGUGCUCUUCUUCUCUUUUUGCCUCCACCAGCCACCAUCGAUGGCGGCGGGUCGUGGCAACUGCUACACCUGCUGCCUCAAGUCACUCAUCUCCAUGGGCGUCAGCGCUCUCAUCAUCUGGCUGAGCCUCCGCACCCAACAACCCAAAUGCUUCAUCGAAACCCUUAACAUAACAACAACCUCUCACCACCACCACUCCAACAAUAACAACGCCACCAUUGUUUUCCAACUCAAGCUCUCAAACACCAACAAGGACAAGGGGAUCCAAUACGACGCCGUUCAGGUCGCGUUCGGGGUAUUCCUUAAUGCCAACACAACCCGCCCCGUCGGGAACGCCACCCUCGAUGGGUUCUACCAGGGCCACGGGAAGACCGCCAAAAAGUGGGGCUCCGCCGUGGCUCACGGCGACGGAGUGAACCGAACGACGGUGGACGGAAGGUUGUUCCUCCGGGUGGAUUUCGUGACCAAGGUGAAGUACAAGAUCUACUUUCUGUUCUACACGAAACGGCAUCGUUUGACCGGAGGAGCGAACGUGGAAGUGAACGUCAGCGCCGGAGAGAAGGUGAAUCCUAAGGAUAUCAGGCUCGGCGCCGUGCCGGCGUCGAUCGCGUCCGAAGCUGCGGAGGUUCGGGAAUGCUGUGCAGUGCUUGUCAGAUUUUUUGUUACUGUCUUGUUCCUCACUGCGUUUACUUGAGUUGACUAUUAUGAAGUCUUUUUAUUUUUUUAAUUCGCUCAUUGUUUAUUUUAAAUUAUUUUAGUUGGGCAAUGGUUAUGUGUUAAAAUUUU